CGCAGCAGCAGCAGCGAGCGGGGGAGCGCGGAGCGGCCGGGUGCGAGUGAGGGUGUGAGAGUGAGUGUGUGUGUGAGUGUGUGUGUGUGAGUGUGUGUGCGGGUGCGUGUGUGUGUGUGUGUGUGCGCGCGUGUGCGGGGGGGUGCGCGGGGGCCGCCCGCGCGGCCGAGCGGCUGAGGGCGGGCGAGAGCGCGGCGGGCGAGGGCGCCGGCCUGGCUGAGGAGCCGCAGCGGCGGCGGCGGAGAAAGGCGGCGGCCCCCGGCCCCCCGGCAGCCCGCGCGACCCCCGGACGCCCCGGCGACCCCCCGGGAAGGACGAGCCGCCCGAGCCAGGAGGAUAUAAUCCAAGGAAAGGAAGAACCAGCAGAUCAAGAUGUGUAGCUCUGUGGCUGCCAAGCUGUGGUUUUUGACAGACAGACGAAUCAGAGAAGAUUAUCCCCAAAAAGAGAUCUUACGUGCAUUAAAGGCCAAAUGUUGUGAGGAAGAACUGGACUUUAGAGCUGUGGUGAUAGAUGAACUGGUUUUGACAAUCGAGCAGGGAAACCUGGGUCUACGGAUCAAUGGAGAACUAAUUACUGCCUAUCCCCAGGUGGUGGUAGUAAGAGUACCAACCCCUUGGGUGCAAAGUGACAGUGACAUCACUGUGUUGCGCCACCUAGAAAAGAUGGGAUGCCGGUUGAUGAAUCGACCUCAAGCCAUCCUGAAUUGUGUUAACAAGUUUUGGACAUUCCAAGAGUUGGCUGGCCAUGGUGUUCCUCUGCCAGAUACUUUCUCUUACGGUGGCCAUGAAAAUUUUGCCAAAAUGAUUGAUGAAGCAGAGGUACUGGAAUUCCCCAUGGUAGUGAAGAAUACACGAGGUCAUCGAGGUAAAGCUGUAUUCUUGGCUAGAGAUAAGCACCACUUAGCUGAUCUAAGCCAUCUUAUUCGCCAUGAAGCACCAUACCUGUUCCAGAAGUAUGUCAAGGAGUCUCAUGGACGGGAUGUUCGUGUCAUUGUUGUCGGAGGCCGUGUGGUUGGCACCAUGUUGCGUUGUUCAACAGAUGGGAGGAUGCAAAGCAACUGUUCACUAGGUGGCGUGGGGAUGAUGUGCUCACUGAGUGAACAAGGCAAGCAGCUGGCCAUCCAGGUGUCUAAUAUACUUGGAAUGGAUGUGUGUGGCAUAGACCUGUUGAUGAAAGACGACGGCUCCUUCUAUGUCUGCGAGGCAAAUGCAAAUGUAGGUUUCAUCGCCUUUGAUAAGGCUUGUAAUCUAGAUGUAGCUGGUAUCAUAGCGGACUAUGCCGCCUCCCUUCUGCCCUCUGGCCGGCUCACCCGGCGUAUGUCCCUGCUCUCCGUGGUGUCCACUGCCAGUGAGACUAGUGAGCCGGAGCUGGGUCCCCCAGCCAGCACUGCUGUCGACAACAUGAGCGCAAGUUCCAGCUCUGUCGACAGCGACCCCGAAAGCACCGAGCGAGAGAUGCUCACCAAGCUCCCAGGGGGCCUAUUCAACAUGAACCAACUGAUAGCCAAUGAAAUCAAACUCCUGGUGGAGUGACUCCACUGGUAAAUAAUUAACCAACAAAACCCUUGUAAAACUUUCUUUUUCUUCUUUUUCUUUUCUUCUCUUUUCUUUUUUUUUCCUUUUUUUCUUUUUUUUAAAAACCAACUUGCAAUGCUGUUCAUGGAAGAUGCUCAGGACAAUAAAAAAAAUUAAAAUUAGUUAGGAGAGAAAGGGGGGGAGGUAAACAAAAUCAGCCUAUCAACAUGUUAUUGACUUCCACUUACAAAUCUUGCAGAAGAGAUGAUGUCUGACCUCUUCGCUAUUCCCUUUAAUUUCUCAAAAAAGUGUAUGUUCUCAGGCCUUGAAGUAUUUAUUUUGUCAGUCUCUUGCCUUCUCCCUGCCCUCUUAAAAGAUUUCAAAUUAGCAGAACUUCACAUUGUGUUUUAAACAUCUAACUAAAUUGUAGGAGUUUUUAAAUACAAAUAUGAACAUGCUAACAUUAUACUUUUGUUCAUAGUUUAUGAAAUAUUGAGGACCUUUAUUGGGAUUUCUUUUUUCCCCUUGAUUUGAAUGGGAAGGCAGUGUGCAUAUGACCCAACAAAUAUUUUUUUUUAAUGACAAAAUUGGCAUGUUUGCAUGAUAAAAGGAAAUGAACAGUAUUGCAAUGUUUGGUACACAAAAUAACAUUUACUCCAAUGUAGAUAAAAUUACACUAGUUUAAAAAUAUGUACAUUGACUUGUAUUUGUUAGUGUUUUAGUCUUUUUUGGAAGACAUGCUCUGUUAAUGUUCCUUUUUUAAAAAAAAAAAUACAUGCUAGUCUAACAAUUCCCUGAUCUAUGCCUGCAUCUUUAACAAUGGCCAAAGUGAAGAAAAUGCUACCUUUUUUGUUAAUGAGACACUGACUUGGAACAUGUACAUUUAAAGCCUUUUUGUUUUUUUUCUUUUUGGUGGUUGGGCGUUUAUAGAAUAAGGACAGGGAAAAAUAUUUUUUGGUGGGGAGCAAAUCAAGGGCCUAUAAGUUCUGAAAUAUAAAGCUGAAGUGAUUUCUAAUACCACUGUUAAAUAUUUGCAUUUUUCACAUUUAUAGGGAAAUAUAUAUGUGUGUGUGUGUGCACGCAUGCAUGUACAUCUGUUUUGCUUCUUGUUUAUACCAACCAAUCAAAAAGGAUAGAUUCUAGAGAAUGGAGCAUGAUGGGAAACAGUUUUGUUUUUGUUUUUUAGUUUUCAUACCUAUGCUCCACUGGAGUUGAGGUACUCACAUAAGGAGAAUAGAUGCUCUUAGGCCUCUGUGUGUGCGUGUGUGUGUGUGUGUGUGUGUGUGUGUGUGUGUCUGUCUGUCUGUCUGUCUGUCUGUCUGUCUGUUCAUGUGCGUGUGCACAUGUGCACACAUGUACACACACAUGGGUGUAUAUAUAUAUAUAUAUAUAUGUUGUUUGGCUUUUUCCUUUGGUCUAGACUGUAUAUAACUUAUUUGAGGCCACAUGCUUUUUCUUCAGUGCUUCUGGCUAUGCGUUUUCUUCUGCUACACACAGGUUUUUGGGGUGGGAUUGCCUGAACAUUUUUGUUUGGGGAACUUGUUUAGUAGUAUUGAGUCUCUUACAGCCCUACUCUCUGAAGCCUUCAAUAUUCUCCACUCUUUAUGUUCCUUUACUUUCUGAAUUUAUGAAAGCCCCAAAACUACAUAUACUAUGAGCCUUUAAACAUGGGUAAAUCUUAUCCCACUGAUGGGUUUUGAAGGUGUGUUAAGAAGUGGAGAUGCUGCAGAGUUCAACAUAAGUUUUUAAACAGCAAGUUCAUCUCCCUGCAAUCCUCUGAAGCUUUUACCCGAGUCCUUUCUUGCCUCUCCAGUGCUUUUUUCCUUCAGAUGGACCUUCCUUAAACAUAAUUUCUUGGACAUUACUAGAGAGACUUCGAGGCAAUAAUAAAAGAUCAGUAUUAACCAGCUCAAACAGAGGUUUGAUCAUGCAUACUUGUACAGUUUCCCCCCAUUUUAAAAAGGAAUGUAAUAAAAUUUGUUUUUCCAUAGAAUUGAUUAAUAUUAAAAUUGAGUUAAAGGUUGACUGUUGACAAAUAGAAUAGUACCUCUGAUCUGUGCAGUGUGUCAUUUCACUCAGAAAAAAAAGAUACAUAAGAGGAGUUUCUAAUUUAUUUAUUUUAGAAUAUUCUAAUCACAUCUAAAAAAAUUUGAUUUUCCACAGUGUCUUUGUGGGACUCACUUACAUAAGCACCUCUGAUUCAUUAACAGAAAGAAGUGCUUCUUUCACUGAAUGACCAUACUUUGGAGGAUGCAUACUAUUUGGGAUAGAGAAAUAAUGAGGAAGAAAGGAUUGCUUAAUUAAAUUAUCAUUCUGUGUUCAAAUAGAGACCAAUGGUUGCUACAUAAAUCAUGAUACAUAUACUUGAGUAAUUUACAUAUUACACAUAUAGAUAGAUUAAUGAAUUAAAAACACAAAUUAAUCACCCUCUAUUAGAAAAAGAUUUGUAUUGGGUGGGGUAAGACACUAGGAAAAAAAUGCAGUCUUUUUAAAAAUACUACAAAAUUAACCAGCCGUGUGUGUAUAUAUACACAUAUACAUAUAUGUGUGUAUACAUAUGUACAUAUGUAUAUAUACACACAUAACAAUUAUCUGAGACUUAAAAGCACAUAGCUUUACCAACCUAUUUCUGAAUUACAGACUUACAUACAGAAUGAAAAGCAGGUUCAGUCAUUUUAGACUUUUAAGAACAUUUAUCAUUUUGAAUUUUCUCAAAUAUUAAGGUAAAAAUAUGAACAAAUUAUUUUGGAAAAAUCCAAAGAAAAUAGCUCUCAUAUUUAAGUAAAGGGUAAAUAUAUUUUCAUAUUGUUAAUAACUUGUUUAUCUGCUUUGAGAGGUUAAAAUGUAUUUAUCAAUUAUGUAUAAAUAAUGAUCAUGCAAAACUUGAAUUAUUGUAAAAUUGUUGUGUAUUGUUAAAAUUGUAAUUCUGAAUUGUAAUCUUAAGUAAUCCUUUCUGAUAUUGUUUUUAUGUCAUCCAUGAUGAAAGCUGGACUAAACAACACACACACAGCAUUACUCACAUACAUAUACACAUACACACAAACUAUUAAUUUAAGAUUUUUUUAAGGCUUUUUUCCCCCUUUUGACAUGUAUAAAUGGUUAUUUCUGCUGAACUUUGAAGUCUUUCUGUAAAUGCUACCAAUAAGAAAAGACCCUGGAACAUUAGAAAAAUCCUUCAAGAGCCUUGUUUUCAUCAGGCAUUUCAUCAGACUAUUGAGAAGAUAUUCGAGACACUGAAAGCAGUUGAUAACUUUCAAAAAUCAUCUCUUCUUUUUCAAGAAGAAAGCAAUGGAAAAAAAUUCUCUUCAUUCAGUGCAUCCCCACUUUGGGGCCUGGGGAUCUUAGAGACUUUGUGAAAUCAAAUCUUGUGUUACAUUUUUCUCCUGGCUCACUCUUUUUGAGAAGGUUUAUGGGCUAUAUGGCUGGUGAGACACGAUCCCCUCCUAAGAAAAUGUAGGUGCUCAGACAGGUAACCUCUGCUGCUACUGUUUUUAUUUGUUUGUUUGUUUGUUUAAUUUUAUUUGAAAUUUGUUUUUGUUGUACUAGGAUAUUUUUAAUGUAAUAUAUUGCAGGAUUUAUAACCAG